AGUCCUGAACUUGCUGUCUUAAUGUUCAGCCCAAUUAAUUGAGCUCUAAAAGAGCCACCUCAUGUGUCAUGCAUACAUUAGAGCCUCUGAUGAGUUUGUCUUUAGGGACGCUGGGGCUGCUCUACCCAAUGUCAUCACAAAUUACCAGGAGAAAUUGCUUCCAGCUCACAAUCACAUCUGCUUUUGGCAAGAACUAAUGCACCAAGACUUCAAGUUCCAAGCCUCUGUUCAGAUUUUAAUUGCAAUUGAUCAGGUUUAUAUUAUUGUACCUCAAGAGACUGCAUACAGCCAGAACUGGGCUUGCUCUUUCCUUUAGAGCAGUGCGUACAAUUGUUUGGUGUUCUGGUGGAAGUACUUUUCUGAUGGCAGAAUAUAGUUUCUCUGGGUUCAUCAGGACGGGAUGCUUCAAGAUUUAAGUGCAAGUGUCUUCUUCCCACCUUGCUCGCAACACAGAACGUUAGCUCAGGUACCUGACAAUGAUGAACAGUUUGUACCAGACUACCAGGCUGAGAGUUUGGCUUUUCAUGGUCUCCCAGUGAAAAUCAAGAAAGAACCCCACAGUCCAUGUUCUGAACUCAGCUCGGCGUGUAGUCAAGAACAACCAUUCAAAUUCAGUUAUGGGGAAAAGUGCCUGUACAAUGUCAGUGCCUAUGACCAGAAGCCACAAGUGGGAAUGAGGCCCUCCAAUCCAUCAACUCCAUCAAGCACUCCCGUUUCACCACUGCAUCAUGCAUCCCCAAACUCGGCUCAUAAUCCUAAACCUGACCGGGUUUUUCCUGCUCACCUGCCUCCAUCCCAGCCCAUCCCCGACAACAGCUUUCCCAUGGACCACAGAUUUCGGCGUCAGCUCUCAGAACCUUGCAAUUCAUUUCCUCCUUUGCCUGCCAUGCCAAGGGAAGGACGCCCGAUGUACCAACGGCAGAUGUCUGAGCCAAAUAUCCCUUUCCCGCCUCAAGGGUUUAAGCAGGAGUACCAUGAUCCAGUGUAUGAACACAAUGCCAUGGUUGGCAAUUCAGUCAAUCAAAACUUCCCCCCACCUCUGAUGAUCAAACAGGAACCUAGAGAUUUUGCAUAUGACUCAGAAGUGCCUAGCUGCCAUUCCAUUUACAUGAGGCAAGAAGGCUUCCUGGCUCACCCAAACAGGACAGAAGUUAAGUGUUGUAUGUAUGAAAAGGGACCAAGGCAGUUUUAUGACGACACCUGUGUGGUUCCAGAGAAAUUUGAAGGAGAUAUUAAGCAGGAGCCAGGAAUGUACCGUGAGGGGCCCACAUACCAGCGACGGGGCUCCCUUCAACUGUGGCAGUUCUUGGUGGCUCUUCUGGAUGAUCCAUCAAACUCUCACUUCAUUGCUUGGACUGGCCGAGGCAUGGAAUUCAAGCUGAUAGAACCAGAAGAGGUGGCACGUCGUUGGGGGAUUCAGAAAAACAGGCCAGCCAUGAACUAUGAUAAACUUAGCCGUUCUCUUCGCUAUUAUUAUGAGAAGGGAAUCAUGCAAAAGGUUGCCGGAGAAAGAUACGUCUACAAGUUUGUUUGCGAUCCCGAAGCCCUCUUCUCCAUGGCCUUUCCAGACAACCAGCGCCCCUUGCUGAAGACUGACAUGGAACGUCACAUCAAUGAAGAGGACACCGUGCCUCUGUCGCACUUUGACGAAAGCAUGGUCUACAUGCAAGAAGGAGGGUGCUGUAACACCCACCCUUAUAAUGAAGGCUAUGUGUAUUAACUGCAGUGACACUAAAGAAGCCCCCUUCCUGCCCCUCGUCCCCCCACUCCCCCAAGUUUCUCCUCUUUCGUGAGACCAGGAGGAAAGCUGAAUCCCCUUAAGUUGGUUUUGUAAAAAAUAAUAAUAAUAAUAAUUAAAAAAGAAAUUAAAAAAGAAUAAAAUAGAACUAUAAAGGGGCUUCUCCUGUUGCAUUACUCCUAUGGUCUGCCAUGGACAGUGCACUUUAUUUGAAAGGGGAAGAUUGGGAUUUAAUGAUUUAUUCUGUGGAACAAGAAGGAAAGGGUGGGCGUCCUUCCUCUUUCUCUUUAAGAUUGGGAAUGGAACAUACAGGUUUUCAGUACAACAAAGCUGUAUCAUGUCUCUUUUUGUUUCUUAUUGGCUAAAAGAUAUUGUACAUGUCCUCGGGGUAUCCAUAGUACAGUUCAUUCUAGUUGUGAUCGAUUGAAUUCUUUGUACACUACUUGGGGAAAUAUCUGCCAUAUUCACUUCCCCUCUCCCGUUUCCUUUUGCCAUACCCUAGCCUAUUUUCUACAUUUUCAAAAGACUUUAUGCCGAGCCAGGCCAUUGGUCCAGUUAGUUCAGUAUCGCCUACACUGAUUGGAGCAUCUCUCUGGGGUUUCAGACAGACAUGUUUCCGAGCCUUAACUGGAGGUGGCAGGGGUCAAAGCUAGGGCUUGUGCCAUAGCUUGUGUACGUGGAAAGCGUGCGCUCUACCACUGACCUUUGGAGCAGUGAUAGAAGUUGCAAACUUUGAUAAGAGCUAGGCACACCACUGCACCUUUCCAUUUUCAUUUGUUUGUUUGUUUUCAGUUUUCCCUCAGGUUUUUUAAUUAUUAUUAUUUCUACAUAUCUUUCAUGCUGCCUUGUAUUCGUUAAUGGGUCAUUAAGGAAGGCAUUCACUGUGGACUGAAGAGCACAAUUCCUGGCUUGAAACUGCAAAUUGCAGGAUUGUAGCUUAGCUUCUUGUAUCUGGUGCCAUCUUGCUAUGCAAGUACAGCACACAUCUCCCCGUUUUAGAUCUUUCAGUAUCCACCUGAGCAUAAUAAUUACAUGUGCUGAUCCAUUCUGGAUAUCAAUUCGACAUUAAAUACGAGAUUGUGAUCACAGAAGAGAAGACAUAUUGCGUCCUUCCAUUUACUUUGAUGCAUAAAUAAGUUAUUUAAUCAAUAGGAAUUAACUGUACUAGUUCUCAUAUCUCAGUAUGCUGUUUAGACCACAGCAAGCACUCCUUCAGCAAAAUAUCCAAUACACUAAAUAGGUACUUUAGUAAUUUUUAGAGAUGGUACCCAUUAAUAUGCAUUUAAACCUUUUACUGCUGUGUUAUGUUGAUAAACAUAUAUACAUACUAGAUAAUGCUAAUGCUUCUGCUGCUGUCUUUUUUUCUGUAAUAUUCUCUUUGCUGAAUUUACUAUGCCCAUUUAUAAGCAAUGCUGUAACUACAGGUAGCAUUUCAGGACAAAAUAGAUGACUUGAACCAUUUAUUGCUUAGAGAAAUAGCUUAUGCCACAGCUGUGCUAUCAGCAGCUUUUACGCGCAUUGAGAAAUGAGUAGUAAGCUUGAUCUUGCUAAAAGGAGCUCUGCCGAACCUUUUAUAACUUUCAGAGGAGCAGAGGCUUAUACAAACCGUCAGAGAAUACAUUGAAUUUGCUGUAUAAUGUUGUAGUGCUGGCACUGAUGCUUAUCAAUCGACUUUGUUUUGGACACUAAAUGUAAAUGUGAUCAGAGAUGUUUGGAAGGCCAUUUAAAUCAGUCUUCCCCAACUUGGUCUGCUCUAGAGGUGAAGGACUACAAUCCCUAACAUCCCCAGCCAUCAUGGGGAUGCUGGGGUUGUAGUCCCAAAUUUCUGGGAGGUGCUAGGUUGGGGAUGGCUACUUUAAAGGAUCUUUUUUAAUUUUUUUGUUUAAUUUUUUUGUUUAAUUUUAAGAAGGGUAAUGUCGAAAGCGGGACACACACCUUAUUCUACGUAUAAAAUUAAGAGGAAAAAAAGUUUUAAAUAUUUAUGAACGCCUUUUCUGAAACGUUUUGAGUUUCCUAGUUUGAAAAGGAUAGAAAUGAAGUUUGAGCUGUCCAGUGAGCAUUGUAAACAGUGACUCUUCGAAGCGGUUUCUCCCCCCCACCCCACCCCACCCCAACACACACAUUCUUUGCCAGAUGCUAUCAACUCUAGAAGAAGGGAGGUGGGAAUAGGAGUCCAUAAUCGUUAGCCACAGAAAUAAUGUUCCAUUGUAAAUGACAUGAUAUCAAAGAUGCCUUGAGGUGGUGAUUUACUUUGCACUCAGUGUCGGUCAGGAAACCAGUAAAGCUAUAAAUGAUUUAUUAUGCAAUUCAUUUCAAACUAACGAGUCUUAGCCACUAUAAACCACAGCUGUAGAAAGAAACACACACUGGGUAUGCAUCUACUACACCUUGAAACGUAAGAUAACUUAAUAGGUGCAUGUGCAUAAAUCCAGGGCAUGCUACCCUUACCGAAACCUCAAUCAAAAGCCCUUCGUCUUAUUCCUGCCACUAAUCAGUAGCACUAAUACUCCAAAUGGCUAAUAUGUGUACAGAAUAAAACCCCUACCCUUUGGUGUGGACAAAUGUCGUGAAACUUUUCUAGGAACACCUAGGGUGAUUUGCCCAUAGGCCAAAUGUGAUGUGGUGUGUGUUUAAUCAACCCAUUUGGCAAUGAAGGGGGCAGGUGGGUGACGGAGUUCACCUUUUUUAUACGAAAAAGCACAGGCGGGAGGGAGGGGAGCAAAACCCACCCCCUUCCCAUCUUGCCGUGCUUCAAGCCAUUUUCUCUGUGCUGGCUUGUGUCUAGUAUUGGAGCUCCACUGGGGGCAAGUGGCUUAAAGUCACCAGUGUGUGGGGAGAUAUGGUGGGGAGGGCCCAGGUUUUGCUCUCCUUCCUGUGUUGGCCCUUUUGCUGUCAAAAGAUUUAUCUGCGCGCUCUGCUUUAUAGCUGAAUGGUCCAGCAUCAGGGUUGGCCUUGUGAUUAUCAGCCUUCUGCCCCCGGGAUACUCCACUUACCUAGUGUCACAGUGAUGUCCACCUGUCCCGACUAACCUACAUCAGUUGGGUGUGCACCUGGACUCCCCUCUAACAUGCAUGCAUUCUUUGGCAGGCAAGUUAAUGUGGGAAGUGUUGCCUGAAGAUAGGAAAUUGACAAACCGCUGGUGUAGGCAUAGAAGAAGAGCAUUGGGGGAAUCCAGAUUUAAGGAGGUUGUACUUUUUUUGCAUUGAAAUAGUGCCCCAAUGUAUGAGUCCCUUUAACAAAAAGUUCUGUGAUUGCUUUUGGUUCAUCAGUAUUGGCUUGGAGCAUUUCUUGUCAGGACAAGAUAUAUAUUUGGUGGAUGGUUUAAAAAAAAGCCUAACUAUUCAAAUGUCUAAAUAAUAUUUUUAAAAAAGUUAUAUAUACUGUAUAAGGUAGUGAUUCACUGAACAAAAUAGGCAAUUCACCCACCAUUGAAUGAAUUCCCAAGGAGGAAAAAUUGGUACAAGAAGUUGUUAUAUGGAAUUGAUUAACCCUUUUGAAAUUGUACCUUUUAAAAGAGUUUAAGUUCUGUUUUUAUUCCACAUUUUUCCAGGUAGAUUAAUAAAUCUGGCAGCUGAUUUCUGAAAGCUGGUUGUUUGGAUUUCUAAUGAAUGUCUGUCUGUCUGUUGUUCAUUCAAGCCAACUUAAAAUGUUUGCUGGCGCAAAGAAAAUAUCGUCCAUUACUGUAUCCAGAACAGCAUAGCAAGUGAAGACCAUUGUUCUAUUGACUGUCUUUUGGUGCUAAAGAAGUUACUGUAGAAAGAGAUAAUGGGAGCUGAUGAAUUUGGGAGGGGGACAAUGCUGGUGAUAUUUCUAAAAUACAUAGACUUUAUUUUAUUUAUUUAUUGCAUUUAUAUCCCGCCUUUUUUCCUCCAA